CAGAACUGCUCACGGAAGUUGUUGAAGGUAAAUCUCAUUUGUUUUGGUAAAUGCACAGCGUUGAAUCGCAGGCUCAUAGGUGGAGAUGUUCCGCCGUGUGCUGGGGACGACCCUGGGCUUCGUGGGCUACACGAUCCAAUAUGGCUGCAUAGCACACUGUGCCUUCGAAUACAUUGGGGAAUUUGUGAUAUGCUCCGGUCCAUCCAUGGAGCCCACCAUUGUCAACCGUGACAUUGUCUUCUCUGAACGGAUGAGUCGUCAUCUUUGCAAAAUACAAAAGGGUGAUGUAAUUAUUGCAAAGAGUCCAUUUGAUCCAAAGUUGAACAUCUGUAAAAGGGUAAUUGGAUUGGAAGGUGACAAAAUCUGCACAAGUGCCCCAUCAGAUGUGUUCAAGACCCACACAUAUGUUCCAAAAGGCCAUGUGUGGCUAGAAGGGGAUAACCUUAGGAAUUCCACUGACUCCAGGAGCUAUGGCCCAGUUCCCUAUGCCCUCAUCCGAGGGCGUAUUUGCUUAAAGCUCUGGCCACUGCAUAGCUUUGGGACCCUCAGUGAAAGCCCAACCAGACGGAUCAUUUGAAUCUCACAGUGACUCAAACCCAGACUGACUCUUCCACUUUGUUUAUACAGUACAUUACUUUGUUGUCAACCAUUUUUCAA